AUGCCGCCUAAAACCAGCGGUAAGGCAGCCAAGAAGUCCGGCAAAGCUCAAAAGAACAUCUCCAAAUCCGACAAGAAGAAGAAGAAGCACAAGAGGAAGGAGAGCUACGCUAUCUACAUCUACAAGGUUCUGAAGCAAGUGCAUCCCGACACCGGUAUAUCAAGUAAGGCCAUGUCGAUCAUGAACUCUUUCGUGAACGAUAUAUUCGAACGUAUAGCCGCCGAAGCGUCACGUCUCGCACACUACAACAAGAGAUCCACCAUAACGUCCAGGGAGGUCCAGACCUCCGUGAGAUUGUUGCUGCCCGGCGAGUUGGCCAAACACGCCGUCAGUGAAGGAACGAAGGCCGUCACGAAGUACACCAGUUCCAAAAUAAUAAUUUAUUAUUAUUCCUUAUAUAAGUUUCAACGCAUCGAACUAAACAUCUCCGAAUACGAAGACGACCGUGUCGAUUUAGUGACCAGAAGCAUAAACCCGAACCCCUCGAACGAUCCCCGCCGACUGCCUCUACGGAGUACGUAUAUAAGAGCCGGUCGGUUUAUUUACGGCUAUCAUUAUAGUUCGAUCCUCGCUGUAGUGCACACAACUGUAGUCCGGGUUGUCCGUUGUUUCAUCGCGUACCGUGUCAAAGUUAUUUUUAUCUCAAUAAUGGCUCGUACUAAGCAAACAGCUCGUAAAUCAACCGGUGGUAAGGCACCACGUAAACAGCUAGCAACGAAGGCGGCCCGUAAGAGCGCACCGGCAACCGGAGGAGUCAAGAAGCCUCAUCGUUACAGACCCGGUACUGUGGCACUUCGUGAGAUCCGUCGCUACCAGAAGAGCACGGAACUUCUCAUCCGCAAGCUACCUUUCCAACGUCUAGUGCGUGAGAUAGCUCAAGAUUUCAAGACCGAUCUUCGUUUCCAGAGCUCCGCGGUGAUGGCCCUGCAGGAGGCCAGCGAGGCGUAUCUCGUAGGUCUCUUCGAAGACACGAAUCUUUGCGCUAUUCACGCUAAACGCGUCACUAUUAUGCCUAAAGAUAUCCAGCUAGCAAGAAGGAUUCGCGGUGAACGUGCCUAA